CGACUCCAAGCUCGAAAUUCUCCUGAAAAUUAGGUUAAUGUAGACUCAGAAAGGCAGAGAGACGAUACCCUUGGUACUGGACUGGGAGAACACUACGAAGAGAGAGCAAUGAAGAUUCAGGCGACGCUGGCCGGCUGCAGCCGGCUGAUGCUACUGUGCCUAUUCUUGGAGUUGCUGUUGGAAGUUGGGGCCGGGAAUAUCCGCUAUUCGGUGCCAGAAGAGACUGAGAGAGGUUCCUUCGUGGGCAACAUCGCCAAGGACCUAGGGCUACAACCUCAGGAGCUGGCGGAGCGCGGAGUACGCAUUGUCUCCAGAGGUAAGACGCAGCUUUUCGCUCUAAACCCGCGAAGCGGCAGCUUGGUCACCGCAGGCAGGAUAGACCGGGAGGAGCUCUGCGCUCAGAGCGCGCCGUGUCUGGUGAGUUUUAACAUACUUGUUGAGGAUAAAAUGAAGCUUUUCCCUGUCGAGGUGGAAAUAAUUGAUAUUAAUGACAACACUCCCCAAUUCCAGUUAGAGAAACUGGAAUUUAAAAUGAAUGAAAUAACCACUCCGGGUACCAGGAUCCCUCUGCCUUUUGGCCAAGACCUUGAUGUGGGUAUGAACUCACUUCAGAGCUACCAGCUCAGCUCCAACCCUCAUUUCUCUCUGGCUGUGCAAGAGGGAGCUGAUGGUCCCCAACACCCAGAGAUGGUGCUGCAGAGUCCCCUAGACAGAGAAGAAGAAGCUGUCCACCAUCUUAUCCUCACAGCUUCUGAUGGAGGCCACCCAGUCCGUUCAGGGACCCUCCAAAUUUGUGUUCAAGUGGUGGAUGCAAAUGACAACCCUCCAGCGUUUACUCAGGCACAAUACCAUAUGAGUGUCCCAGAAAACGUGCCACUGGGCACUCGGCUGCUCACAGUUAACGCCACCGACCCGGACGAGGGAGCCAAUGGGGAAGUAACAUACUCCUUUCACAAUAUAGACCACAGAAUGGCCCACAUAUUUCAUUUAGAUUCUUACACAGGAGAAAUAUCAAAUAAAGAACCACUGGAUUUCGAGGAAUACAAAACUUAUUCAAUGGAAGUUCAAGCUCAUGAUGGUGCUGGGCUCAUGGCCAGAACUAAGGUACUGGUGGAAAUUUUGGAUGUGAAUGAUAAUGCUCCAGAAGUGACCAUCACCUCUGUCAAUACUGAAGUCCCAGAAAACUUUCCUCCUGGGGCUAUAAUUGCUCUUAUCAGUGUGCAUGACCAGGACUCAGGAGAAAAUGGACACACCGCAUGUUUCAUUCCUGGAAAUCUACCUUUUAAAUUGGAAAAGUUAGUUGAUAAUUAUUAUCGUUUAGUGACUGAAAGAACUCUGGACAGAGAACGUAUCUCUGGGUACAACAUCACAGUAACAGCAACAGAUCAGGGAACUCCAGUCCUAUCAACGGAAACUCACCUUUCACUGGUAGUGACUGAUGUCAAUGACAAUCCCCCAGCCUUCCAUCAGGACUCCUACUCCGCCUACAUUCCUGAAAACAACCCCAGAGGAGCCUCCAUCUUCUCUGUGAGGGCCCAUGAUGCCGACAGCAAUGAGAAUGCACAAGUCACUUACUCCCUAGUAGAGGAUACCAUCCAAGGGGUGCCUCUGUCCUCCUUUGUCUCCAUCAACUCCGACACUGGGGUCCUGUACGCACUGCAGUCCUUCGACUACGAGCAUUUCCGGGACUUGCAACUGAAAGUGAUGGCCCGUGACAGUGGGGAUCCACCCCUCAGCAGCAAUGUGUCCCUGAGCCUAUUCGUGAUGGAUCAAAACGACAAUGUUCCAGAGAUCCUGUAUCCUGCCCUCCCCACUGAUGGUUCAACCGGUGUGGAGCUGGCGCCCCGUUCUGCGGAGCCUGGCUACCUGGUAACCAAGGUGGUAGCAGUGGACAGAGACUCAGGCCAGAACGCCUGGCUAUCCUACCGCUUGCUCAAGGCCAGUGAGCCAGGGAUUUUUGCAGUGGGACUGCACACUGGUGAAGUGCGCACGGUGCGGGCCCUCCUGGACAGAGAUGCCCUCAAGCAGAGCCUCGUGGUAGCCGUACAUGACCACGGCCAGCCCCCUCUCUCAGCCACUGUCACCCUUACUGUGGCUGUGGCCGACAGUAUCCCUGAGGUCCUGGCUGACCUGGGCAGCCAAGGGCCUUCAGCAGACCCAGAUGAAUCAAGCCUCACACUCUAUCUUGUGGUGGCAGUGGCCACUGUCUCCUGUGUCUUUCUGGCUUUUGUCAUUGUGUUGCUGGCCCUAAGGCUGCAUCGCUGGCACAAGUCUCACCUGCUCCAGGCUUCUGGAGACAGGUUGGCAGGUGUGCCCGCCUCACACCUCGUGGGCAUGGACGGGGUGCGGGCUUUCUUACAGACUUAUUCCCAUGAGGUGUCCCUCACCACGGACUCUCGGAAGAGUCACCUGAUUUUCCCCCAGCCCAACUAUGCAGACACGCUUAUCAGCCAGGAGAGCUGUGAGAAAAAGAAUUUUCUGUCAGCACCCCAGUCUUUACUUGAAGACAAAAAGGAAACAUUUUCUCAGGUAAACUUUUGUGGUGAAUUUAUAAGCUAUCUAGAUAAAAAUAAUGCAUGAUUUAGCUUACUUGCUUUCACUGUUUACUACAUGCAGUUCUAACCCAUGUGUCCUUAUAGACUUCUAUUAAAAGUCCUGGAAAA